UAGAACCGAGAGACGCGCUGACAGCCGCCGCGCCUCCGCGCCUCCCUGUCAAGUCAGCAGCAGAGCGACCGCUGCCUAGACAGACAGUUUAUCGCAUCAGUUCGACACCGUUCCCUGCUGCUUUUCAACCAUUCCCGGCAAUGCGUUUCGUACUUUAAUCGCGUGAUAAGGAUUUUUAGCAGACAACCAUGACGGUGGAUUUUGAAGAGUGCAUUAAAGACUCCCCUCGUUUCAGGGCAGCAAUUGAUGAAGUGGAAACUGAUGUGGUUGAAAUUGAAGCAAAACUGGACAAGCUGGUGAAGCUCUGCAGUGGAAUGAUAGAAACUGGGAAAGCCUAUAUCAGUGCAAACAAGCUUUUUGUUAAUGGUGUAAAAGACCUUUCACAGCAAUGCAAAAAAGACGAGAUGAUCUCAGAAUGUUUGGAGAAGUGUGGAGAGAAUCUUCAAGAAAUGAUCAAUUACCACAUGAUCCUUUUUGAUCAAGCACAAAGGUCGGUCAAGCAGCAACUCCACAACUUUGUAAAAGAAGAUGUGAGAAAAUUUAAGGAGACAAAAAAGCACUUUGAUAAAGUGCGGGAAGAUAUGGAGAUUGCACAAGUGAAGAAUGCACAGGCUCCUCGUAACAAACCCCAUGAAGUAGAAGAGGCAACUGGCACCUUAAAUAUAACACGCAAAUGCUUUAGGCAUCUGGCCCUUGACUAUGUUCUCCAGAUUAAUGUACUCCAAGCCAAGAAGAAAUUUGAAAUUUUAGAUGCGAUGCUGUCUUUCAUGCACGCCCAGUAUACUUUCUUUCAACAAGGUUACAACCUGCUUGAUGAGAUAGACCCUUACUUGAAGAAACUUGCUGCAGAGCUGGACCAGCUGGUGAUUGACUCUGCUGUGGAGAAACGGGACAUGGAGCACAAGCAUGCUUUAAUACAGCAGCGGACUCUGAUGCAGGACUUCUCCUAUGAUGACUACAAAACUGAAUUCAAUGUUGACGCCCCCAAUGGUGUGGUCAUGGAAGGGUAUCUGUUCAAGAGAGCAAGCAAUGCAUUCAAGACUUGGAACAGGAGGUGGUUCUCUAUACAAAACAGCCAACUAGUCUAUCAGAAAAAGCUAAAGGAUGUUCUGACCGUUGUAGUUGAAGAUCUCAGGCUGUGUUCUGUCAAACCCUGUGAAGACAUUGAAAGAAGAUUCUGCUUUGAAGUUGUGUCACCAUCCAAGAGUUGCAUGCUGCAGGCAGAAUCAGAAAAGCUUCGUCAAGCCUGGAUCCAUGCUGUGCAAGCCAGUAUAGCAUCUGCCUAUAGAGAAAGUCCAGACAAUUAUUAUAUUGAAAAACUUGAUAGGACUGCCUCUCCCUCAACUAGCAGCAUCGACUCAGCCACAGAGCCCAAAGAUCGCAGUAUCAAGGGGGACACCAUCCUUCAACGUGUACAGGCUAUUCCAGGAAAUCAAGUGUGCUGUGAUUGUGGCCAGGCAGACCCCCGCUGGGCAAGCAUUAACUUGGGCAUUCUGCUGUGCAUUGAAUGCUCAGGCAUUCACAGAAGUCUGGGUGUUCACUGUUCCAAGGUGCGGUCACUUACUCUAGACUCCUGGGAGCCAGAGUUACUAAAGCUUAUGUGUGAAUUAGGAAAUAUCACUGUAAAUCACAUUUAUGAAGCAGGGUGUGAGGAGCUUGGCCUGAAGAAGCCAACGGCUUCAAGUUCAAGAAAAGAGAAGGAAGAGUGGAUCAAGGCCAAAUAUGUAGAGAAGAAAUUUCUAAAAAAGAUGGCAACUGGUGAGGUUUUAACUGACAGUGAUAAGACCAAUCAUUGGAGGGUGAAGAAAUGUCACAGAAACAACAGUUCAACCAAAGCAACAUCUACGCGGCGGAAGUAUCGACAGGACCCUGGGAAUGUGCUGCCUGCCAGUAUUUCCUCUGUAGCUGCUCUAGAGAGGAAGUUCCGCAGAGAUUCCUUGUUUUGUCCAGAUGAGCUUGACAGCCUGUUUUCUUACUUUGACACUGGCUCUGGGCCUCGCAGUUUGAGCAGUGACAGUGGCCUUGGAGGGAGCACGGAUGGCAGCACAGAUAUCCCAUUGUUUGGCUCUGUUGUUGACAGCGUAACUGAGGAAGAAUGUGAAGUUUCAGAAGAAUCCAGUGGGGAAGCUGAGAUUGAACCAGAAAAUUCAGACCCUGAGGAUGUUAGAGAACUUCAUCCUGGACUACUCAUCUACAAAGCAGCCCUGGCACAUAAUUUACCAGUCAUGGCAGAGGCCCUGGCUCAUGGAGCGGAUAUCAAUUGGGUUAAUGAUGAAGAUGAAAACAAAACUCCACUAAUACAAGCUGUAAUUGGGGGUUCUUUGAUAGCCUGUGAGUUUCUGCUUCAGAAUGGAGCUGACGUGAACCAAAGAGACCUUAGGGGCCGAGGACCACUUCACCAUGCAACAUAUUUGGGGCACACUGGCCAAGUCUGUCUAUUUUUGAAAAGAGGAGCCAAUCAGCAUGAUGUAGAUGAGGAUGGACAAGAUCCUCUUAGCAUUGCUGUGGAAGCUGCCAAUGCAGACAUUGUAACACUCCUACGUCUGGCUCGCAUGAACGAGGAAAUGAGGGAGUCAGAGGGACCAUUUGGACAACCAGGCGAUACCACCUACUUGGACAUCUUCAGAGAGUUCUCUCACAUGGCAUCCAACAGUCCUGAAAAACUUAAUAGGCGCAGCUUCCAUUUCAGUCAUUCCUGCAGGUAGUUGAUAGAGGGUCCACAGAUGAGAUUGCUUACUUGAAGCUCUUCUUCUUCUGCUUUAGAAUAUAAUUGGGUCAAGAGACAAGCAGACAUGUUGAACGCCAGUACAAAAUGUGUCAUUGAUUUGUCUAAAAUGUUUCAACAGGCUAAGGAAGUAUCUUUAGGGUGAAUGAUGAAAAUGACAAAACAAAGAUGAGAAAAACAUGCAGUGUUUCUAGGAUCGACCUCAGUUUCUCCUACACAUUGGAUGUGCUGGAUUCAGGAGCUUGCUACCUUCCUUAAGACUAAAGUGACACUAAGAUAAGUGGAACAAAAAUUCCCACUUGAGAUACAAGAUAUAGGAAGACACAUGAGACUGAUGCCCAAAUCAGGGUGGAAAUCUACCUUACAAGCGUUGCUGCCUGAAUAUCCUUAUGUGAGACAAGUGGCUUGAAAAAACAAACAUAUGGACAAGAGACUUUUGCUUGUUAAAUCAGGUCUUUUCAACAUUUAUUUCUAUUAAACACUUGUGUAUAUCUGCCUUAUUACAUCUUUUGUAGAUUUUAACUUCUGCUGGAUUUGCAGGACUAAUCCUUCAGUCUAGUUAAUGUCUUUAUGCUGAAACUGCACAAAGUGAUAAGACAAGGCAGUCAGCAGGAUGGACAACCAGCUAAGAGCUGCAGAGAACAAAACAUUGAAAUAUUCAUUUUGAUGCUGCUGCUUUUACUUUAUUAUUAUCAGCUAAAAUGUUCUUAACGUCUGGCGUAAGAUGCGCCAUCAUUGUUUGCACUACAUUCCAGAUCCUCUGAGAAAGUACGACUGCUACACAUAGCCAAAUGAUUUGUGAAAAUGUAGGUAUCUGACUAUACAGGUAUAGUCUCUACAAUUUAUAUUUAAUCUCUCAUUUGUAAAAAAAAAAAUAUAUAUAUAUAUAUAUAUAAACAAUAAUGCAAAUGGUAUUUUGUAAUACAAUUAUGAAAAUAUCAAAAUAAAUUUACUCAUUGUAAGAAUAAGAACACUGGUGUGAUGUUUCCCCUCAUCAGAGUUUUCACCUUCAGUAACUACAGUAAGUAUUGUAUGAACAUAUAGUGUGUUCCAAAUUGUAGAGUUACCCUUAAUUUUUAUUCCAGAAUUUGGCACUUGAGAAAAAGAAGGAACACACCAUGUCUGCUGCCUACUGUGAAUCUGGGAUGAAUUAGACUGCAAGAAUGACAUGUGACAUGCAAUUAUUGAGCAUUUGUAAGAAUAACUAAAAGCUGUGAACAUUUCUUUACAAAGCAGUUUAGACAACGUGUUCAUGAUACAUAGUUACUAAGCGAUACAUUUCAAAUUUUAAUUCUUUUUGAAUUACACUGUAUUGCUAAUCUAGGAAUAUCCAGACUGCUUGGUUCUGUGCACAGUUAAUGUUUUGUGCAGAAAGCCUCAGAACAGAAGAAUGGCAAAUGAGAAAAGAAAAUAUUUACAGAGAGGAACUUUUAUUUGAGAAGUAGUCCCAAGAAAACCAUGCACAGGUAUGAGUCUAAAACAAUAUUUAUAAAGCAGGGUGUCUCAUAAGAAAAUGUGUAUUUAUCCAUUUUAGUCGGCUACAUAUUCAUUGUGAAAAAUAUUGUAUUUUAGUAGCAAUCCUAUAAUUGAAAAUUGAA